CAAAAAAAAAAAAAAUCAAAUUAGGGCUUAACUCAGAAAAAUUGAAAAAUCCCCUUUCUCUGUUUCUGCCACCAAUUCUCUCUCCAAAUCAGAAAAUCAGUAGAAAAAAAAAAUCAAAUUAGGGCUUCACUCUGAAAAAUUGAAAAUCCUCUCUCCUUGUUUGUGCCACCAAUUCUCUCUCCAAAUCAGAAUUCUUCUCACACUCGGUCUCCACUGCUACAAUGGCGUUGCCACCGUCAUUUCACUUUCAGAUCUAAAUGGAACAUGAAAAAUAAAGGUGAUUGUGUAGGGGUGAUUGGGUUGAGGAAUUGCUGAUGGAUAACAGCACUAAGAAGUCGAGUGGCAUUGAAAUUCCGAAGAGGAAUCGAUCUUUGGAUCUUAACAGCAUAUACAAAUCUAGGGUUUCCGGGGUGGGAGAGGAUAAGAAGAAAGUUUCCGAGGAAAAAGAUCAGGAAAAUGUUAAGAAAAAGAGGAGGAGGAGUACAAAGGACGUUUCGUCGAGUGGUUUCGAGCCUGAUGCUAAGAAAAUGAAGAAGGAGGAUGUAGGUGAUGUGAAGUCCGAGCAAGGUUUUAGCGAAAAAGCGAGUGGUGGGAGUAAAGGGUUGCAUGGAACGUCGGUUCCUCUGGGCGAAAGUGGAAGUGCAUUUAAUUUCCCAAAGCGCCCUCGUGAUUUGAUUGGUCGAAAAAAGUUGGUAGCUGAUCACGUUUCGAAGCCGUUUGCUCAUCUAAGCUCCAUUGAUCGUGCCGCGAUAUUGUUUAAUGAAAGAUUUAAUAAAUCUGCACGUGGCAAAUUAGUUAAGUCAGUUACCCCUACGUCCGGUAAUGAUGGGGCUUCAAAGUCGAAUUACGCGGGAAAAAUUGGUGGUUCAAAUUCAAAAGUAAAUGAGAAAGUGGAGCAAAAAUCUAAGGGUGUUUUGCAUUCAACAUCAAAGCAAAAAUCGGAAAUAAAACGUACCGGUUUUUCUGAUCAGGCUUCUAAGUCGUUGGGACUUGUGAAAUCUGUCAAUCGAGCGGGAGCAUUUAAUGGCGGGCUUAUUAAACCUAAGGACAAUGCUGGUAUCAAAGACCAAUUGGAUAAGGUAGUUGCCAUUUCCGAGGGUAAUAAUGGUAAUUCAUCUUCAAUAGGAAAGCAAAAGGCGGACCUUCAUUUAGCUCGUGUUUCUGAUAGGAUGUCUUCUUUGGCACAUCCUAGCACUGUUGAUCGUGCUGGAGCAUUUAUUAGCAAAGUUAUAAAAUCAAAGGGCAAGGCUGGCACCAGUGACCAUUCGGUUAAGUUAAUUACCGCUUCGACGGGUAAUGAUGGCGCGUCUAAUCCAAAAUUCGCGGGAAAAAAUGUUUCUGGUUCAAAUUCAAAAGUGAACCAGAAGGAAGAUCUAAAACCCAAUGGAGGUUCAAAUUCGAAAAGAAAGCAGAAGGAACCAAAAUCCACCAGUGGUUCUGAUCGGAUUUCUGCGGCGUUGGUACAUCCUAAUGGAGAAGUUAUUAAACCUAAGGAGGAGGCCGGUACCAUUUCAGCGGGUAAUGAUGAUGCACCUAAUCCAAAAUUAGCUGGAAAAGUUUCUGGUUCGAAUUCAAAAGUGAACCAGAAGGCGGAUCCAAAACCCAAGGGAGGUUCGAAUUCGAAAAGAAAGCAAAAGGAACCAAAAUCCACGAGUGGUUCUGAUCGAAUUUCUGAGGCGGUACAGCAUCCUAAUGGAGAAGUUAUUAAAUCAAAGGACAAGGCUGGUACGAGGGACCAAUCAGCUAAUAUGGUUACCAUUCCCGAGGGUAAUGGUGAUGCUCCUAAUUCACAAUCCAUGGAAAAAGUUGAUGGUUCGAAGUUGAAAGUGAAGCAGAAGGCACGUGGUUCAAAUUCCAAAAGGAAGGUGAAGGCGGAACCGAAAUUAACCAGUGGUUCUGAUCCGAUUUCUGAGGCGUUGGAACAUCUUAAAUCUGUUGACCGGGCAGGAGCAUCUAAUGGCAAAUUUAUUAAACCUAAGGAAGAGGCUGGUACCAUGGACCAACCAGUUAAUUUGGUUACAGCUUCUGCGGGUGAUGGUGAUGCUCCUAAUUCAAAAUCCGCAGGAAAAAAUGGUGGUUUAAAGUCGAAAGUGAACCAAAAGACAGAUGCAAAACCCAAAGGUGGUUCCAGUUCAAAAGGAAAGCAGAAGAUAGGUUCUGAUCGUAUUUCUGACGCUUUGGGACUUCCUAAUUCCGAAUUUAUCAAACCGAAGGACAAGGCUGAUACCAGUGACCAAUUGGUAAAGUUAGCUGGUGCUUCAAUUUCAAAGUCUCUGGAGAAAGUCGGUUGUUCAAGUUCAAAAGUGAAACCGAAUGUAGAUCCAAAAUCCACCAGUAAAUCCAGUAGCGGAAAUGGAAAACGAAAGCGGAAGGCAGGGGCUGAUGAAGUUAAAGAAAAUGUAGAUAGUGGACAAACAUCUUGUAAGAAGCGGCGGAUCAAAAGUAGGAAGGACUUGGUAAUUGGUGAAGAUGGAGGCGAAACCUCGAAGAAGAAGCCGGAACCUUUAGCGGGCAGUACAGUCUCAAAUAGUAUCUUUAUUGAUUUUGAUGAAGAUGACGAUGAUGAGGAAAACCUUGAGCAGAAUGCAGCAAGGAUGCUGUCUUCUCGAUUUGAUCCAAGCUGUACGGGUUUCUCGUCAAAGAGAAAACCUCCUGCAUCUCAAACGGUCGAUGGGUUCUCCUUCCCAGUUUCAUCUAACCGGGACUUGCUUAGCAAGCAGGCCAACUCAUCCAGUGCAAGAAAAGAAGAUAAAGGCAAGGGCACACCAAGAAAACGGCGCCACUUUUAUGAUGUUCUUACAGGAGAUUUGGACCCACACUGGUUCUUCAAUCGGAGGAUUAAAGUCUUUUGGCCAUUGGAUGAGUGUUGGUAUUAUGGCCUUGUGGAUGAUUAUAACCCAGAUGAUAAGAAGCACCAUAUAAAGUAUGAUGACCGAGAUGAGGAAUGGAUUGAUCUUAAACAAGAGAAAUUCAAACUCUUACUUCUCCCCACUGAGGCGCCUGGCAAAGUGAAAUCUAAAAAGGUUUCACCCAAGGUCAAUGAUGUACGUAAAGGACAAACAGUACCGUCAGAAGAUGAUGCCAGCCGUAGAGAGAGCGAUCUCGACUCAGAGCCUAUUGCAUUAUGGCUGGCUCGUUCAUCUCAACAUGGCAAAUCUUUGCCAAAAUCUUCGAAACCACAGAGGGCUUUGCAUAUUGAGAGCCCCACUGUGUCUGCAUUACCAUCUGAGAAAAAUGAUGAUCUAAAUAGCAACUUCGCGUACUCGAGAAGAACUAAACUUAACCCACUUCGUGAACCUAUAUCGCCUGAUGAUUUAGCUCUUCAUGCGAUGAAUGAAAAGUCUCUGCUCGGAAGUACUAUUGGCAGUACUGCAGUUUAUGCCAGGAAGAAAAACUCUAAGAAAGGCGAGGUGACUUUUAUCUUGCCAACUAUAAAAGAGCGUUACUUUGGUGGAUUUGUGGAUUAUGACAAGCAAUUAUGGUCAACUGACCGUAAUGGGCUGUUGAGAUUAAAUGUCAUCUUGGUGGAGUCUAAAGAAUUCAGAUUCCGGAUCUGCCUACCUGUAUUACGUGUCAGUGGGUUUGCACAUGGAAAUGGGGAUUGUGGGUUGUUUCGUAAUAUGUUGAUGCCUGAACAUGGGGUGAUGUCAGUUACCUCACCUGCUGUUAUCAUGGAGAUGCUUUUCAUUGAUAGUUAUCUUGGAUUGAAAUUUCUCUUGUUCGAAGGAUGCAUGGAGCAAGCUUUGGCCUAUCUUGUCCUCGUUAUGACUAUGUUCAGUCAAUCCGAUGAACAUGUGGCUAGUGAGACACAAUCACCUGUGACAUCAGUAAGGCUCAGACUUUCGAGCGUUCAUGAUGCAAGAAAGCAUCGCAUCGUUGGACUUCAUAGCUUCGCCAGAUUGCAGAGUUCGAAGUGGGCCAGGCUGGACUUUGAACUUCUGCGACGUUGUGCUCUCGUUAAACAGUUACAGAUCUCAGAAUGCACUUACGAUAACAUUAAAGAGCUUGAAUAUAGGAGUUUAAAGCAACGCAAACCUCAUGUCGAUUUAGAGCUCCCGUCAUAUAUGGGUUUUAAUAAUAAAUUCGUGCCGCACAUCUUGCCGACGGGUGUUUCCGAAGAAGCUUGUAAUACAAGGAUCAGCCAGUCUGCUAGCUUUGCUGGAAAGCCUGGAAAAUUUCCUAAAUUUGCUCUUUCCUCUUCCGAUGCACCAACUUUCUUUCUUAUUCGGCAUCUGCAUUUACUCAUUGGAAGUAGCUCUGAAAUGGGCAACCUUAAUCAUCGUGGUACGGUGAGCUCACAUGAAAGUUCUGAUGCAGAAUGCACUCAAUCUGAGACCAGCUUGGUUUCCAUCAGUAAACGUAGAAUUCGAACAAAGGAGAUACAAGUUCCUGCUUUCAAGGGCGUGGAAAGUUCCAAUCGUGGUUUCAGUAAUGGCCCGAAAAGGCCACGCACUCAGGUCCAAUACACAUUGCCUUUUGCAGAUUUCAAUACAAAACAAAAAAGGCAUAGCCAGAGAGAUCCACCAUGUAAACGAAUCAGGAGAGCUAGCCUGAAGAGGAUAUCUGAUGGUUCUUCUAGAAGCAACGAGAAAAACUUCGAGUUGCUAUCUUGCGGUGCGAAUGUUUUGGUCACGCACGAGGACAAAGGAUGGAGAGAAUGUGGGGCAGUUAUUAUCCUAGAAGUUGCUGAUCAUAACGAAUGGAGGCUUGCUAUCAAACUCUCUGGCGUGACAAAAUAUUCGUACAAAGUCAAAAAUAUUUUGCAGCCCGGGUCAACUAACCGAUACUCGCAUGCUAUGCUGUGGAAAGGUGGAAAGGAUUGGGUGCUGGAGUUUCCCGAUAGGAGCCAAUGGAAUCUUUUCAAGGAGAUGCAUGAGGAAUGUUACAACCGUAAUAUUCGUGCUGCUUCUGUUAAGAGCAUCCCUAUUCCUGGAGUUUGGAGGAUUGAGGAAUGUGACGAUUACUAUAAAAUUAAGGCCCCUUUUAUUCGAAAUCCUAUGAAGUAUUAUCGACAGGAUCAAACGGAUGUUGAAAUGGCUAUGGAUCCCUCUCAUAUUUUAUAUGACAUCGAUAGUGACGAUGAGCAAUGGUUGACUGCGAACAAAAAAAAAUUUAGGAAAAAAAUUAUUGACAAGAGAAGGACAAUAGAGGACUUUUUUGAGAAGACGAUGGACAUGUUCGAAAAAUUUUCGUUUGUUCAGCACCGUGAUAACUUUACAGAUGAUGAAGUCCAAGAGCUUGUGACUGGAAUGGGGUCAGUGGAAGCUGCUAAAGUUAUAUAUGAACAUUGGCGAGAGAAGAGGGGGAGAAAGGGCAUGCCAUUAAUCAGACAUUUGCAGCCUCCUCUUUGGGAAAGGUAUCAACAGCAGCUUAAGGAGUGGGAGCACGAUGUUAAUCGGAGCAAUCCGACCCUUUCCAUUGGUGUUCAGAAGAAGGCACCAGCUGCACCAGAAAAACCAGCCAUGUUUGCUUUCUGCCUAAAGCCGCGCGGCUUGGAGAUUCGUAACAAGUUCUUCAAACAUAGAUCUCACAAGAAAUUCUCCAUUUCUGCACACCUCCACUCCACAUCCAGGGAUCACAACACUCUUAUCGGGAGAAGAUCAAGUCGUCAUACUUUUGGCGACGAUGCAAACACCGUGCGAGAUGCGCGCGUCUCUUCUAACACUCGCAGCUCAAAGGCGUACAAGAACAAACGAAAGACCAUCGCUUCAUCGUCUCCCUCUUUCAACAACCAGAGCACACAAAACGGAGUUCGCCCGGAGAAUCUUGGUGGGGCCCACACGCAGCAGGCACAAACUGGGCCGAUGGAUGGUCCAACUCUUCACGAGUUUCAAGUGCGAGAAACAUUAGCUGCGGCAGCUCGUGCGAAGAAGAGGGCGAAGCUCAAGAAGGAGAGGGCUUAUCAACUCUCCAAAAAGGCCGAUUAUUUCUCCCAAAAAGCUGCUGGUGCUCUAUUGAUUGCGGAGGCUGUUAGGGAUUCUCAUAACUCAAACGAAGGUACUUAGAUAAAAUCAUCGGCUUGAAAGCUGCGGUUACUAGUCCCCGUAUAUAUAUAACGUUAUUAUCAGAACCACAUUUUCGUUAAUAAGACAGGUUUUUUUUUUUUUUUUUGGGGGUACAUGAUAUUCUAGAUUUUCUGGUGCUGCAGUAUCUUGUUUUCACAAAUGCAACUUUUAUAUAGAAACUUUUCAUUUCGGCCUAUUGACCUUAGGUUUAGUGCUUGAUAUAUAUACUGGAGCAGAGCAAUUAGCGAAAAUAAUAGGGUGAUUUUCUUCGAGUCAUGGUUUAUGGAUUAUCCGAUGUUUUGAACUCGAAACAGCGAACUUGUUGUAUCAAGCAAAGAACUACAUUUGAUAUAUGUAUGUUAUUAUAGAGGAA